AAAUUCUCUGUUCUUUUGGGGAAAAAUGCUUACGAAUACAACGCAGAAGUCCAGUAAAACAUCGAUUAAGGAGAAUGCUAUUCAGCCUAGUGAUAACAAUGAGGAGCCCAAACGAAUCGAAUCGCUUGUUAAGAUCAGUAGCUCUUCAAAACAAUCAAGUAGUACCUCACCAUGCCAAAACAAUUCGGAAGUGACAGAAGUGGAACGCAUUGUGAAGAAGACGCUGCAACAGCUGCAAGGAGUCUGUCAAUUUGAGGAUUUGGAAUCACUGGCUAACAUAUUGGUGCCGAAGGUACUCUUCAGCAUGCACAGCUUUGAAAGGUUAAGUGAGGAGGUGAAAGCCAUGAAGCAGUCAUUCGACUGCUAUGUGCAUCACACCAAGGUGCUGGGCGAGGAUAUUGCUGAAAUCUUUUUGGAUCUGCACAAUAUCUACUCGAAGCUGGACAAGUUGGAUAAACAGCACAUGCAACAACAACGCGAUACAACAUUUACCAAGCGGGUGCGUGCAGCUCAGGAAUUUCUUAGGUCUACCAGGCACUAUAUCGUGAAUGACAAUGGAACAACCAAUUCGCUGACAACUGCGAACCAAACGCCAGAUACUGAGCUAGAAGGAGAUGGAGAAUGCAAGGUACUCUCACAUAGUGAGACAAAAAGCGCCGAGAGAAAAGCAUUUCUCGCCAAUAUGGUAGUGGCAAAAAAAUCGGAUUUCUCGCUCAAGCUCAAUCGCAACAAGAACUUUUAUUCAGAGGCAGAAAGAUUAUUAAAUAUCGAAAAUAGCGACAAGGAAGACAAAAAUUGACGAAUCUUAUGCAUACCACUUUGAAUUUGGUAAGAGAACGCGAGCAACAAAGAGAGAUGGAGAAAUGGAGAAAGGGAGAGAUGGUGCCUCUGUUUCUCGAGAGCUGUGCGCACAACACAAAAGUGCAAAUUGCUGUGGUAAACCACUUGAAAAAAAUACAAAUAAAACCACAAAAAAAUACUUGACUGUAAAA